AAUUCGAUGCCAAAAAGAGUUCUCGAAUAUUCUCUGAAUUGUUUUUUCUCGAAGCUUUGCUGUGCAGGGCUCUGAAUGCGUAACACUAAAACGUGAUUUAUUUAUUUCUAUUUGUAUUUUAUAAAAUUACAAAAUUUUUAAGUACUUUACAUUAUUUAUUUACUAAUAUGGCUAAAUGGGGAGAAGGAGACCCGCGUUGGAUUGUGGAAGAGCGUCCCGAUGCGACAAAUGUUAACAAUUGGCAUUGGACAGAGAAGAAUGCCACACAGUGGAGUAAAGAUCGAAUUCUCGAGCUUUUCACUAAUUUUAAAAUAGAGCAAAAUAAUACCGAGUGUGUAAUAGAUGUUGUGGAUAAAAUCGCUGGUGAAGCGACUGCAAACAAUCGCAAAGGAAAAUUGAUUUUUUUUUAUGAAUGGGAAUUAGUAUUAAAAUGGACUGGUCAAUUACAGAAUAGCUCUAAGUCUCACAAAGGUAAAAUAACCAUACCAAAUCUUUCGGAGGAAAAUGAUUUAAAUGAGAUUGAAAUUACUAUUUCGAUCGAUGAGAGUAAUAAUGAGUCGGAGACGCUUAAAACAUUUAUGUAUAAUGUAGGCCGUGAAAGUAUACGUGCACAAUUAGGUUUAUAUAUAAAAGAACUAAAGGAGCAGUACUCAAAAAAUCUUAUACUUCCAAAAAAGGGAGAUGAAAAUCUACGACAACAGCAAAUAGUUAACGAAACUAUACGAAAUUCAAAUAUUAAGGAAAAUUUUAAUAAAACUUCACAAAAUCAAAGUACACAUAAUAAUACAGAUAAAGUGCUUGGUUGCAAAUUGGACGUUCAAACUUUAACAAUGACUAUAGAGUUCUAUUGUAAUGCCGCUGAUCUCUAUAAUACGCUUACAAAACAAGAUCUAGUAUCUGCAUUUACGCGCGCUCCUGCAAAGGUGGACGCUAUCAGAGGCGGAGAAUUUAUUUUAUACGGCGGAAAUGUACAAGGUAAAUUUGAAGAAUUGGUUCCAGAAAAAAUAAUCAAACAAUCAUGGCGUCUUAAAUCAUGGCCUUUGGGUCAUUAUUCUAAUGUAGAGAUUAAUUUGGAAGAAGCGAAGAGUUGUACACAAUUAUUAUUAAAACAGACGGGUAUACCCGCCUCUGAAUUUGAUACAAUGAAGACAAACUGGCAGCGUUACUAUUGGAAUAGUAUUAAACAAACGUUUGGUUUUGGUGCUGCGCUCCUGGAUUCAUUAUAAAAAAACCUCUCAUAUUGAAAAGGAUCACCGAAUAAAUUCAGCGAGUUUAUUGCAUACAAAGGUGCAGAGUACAUUGUGUCGGAGACAGCUUUACUGCCCAACUAAUUUAAAUGAAAUGCUUGAACUUUAUAAUUUUAAAUAACUAGAUAAUUUUUUUUAAUGUUUAAUUUAUUACAUGUAGAUUUGUGACGAAAUACUUCAUGAAAAAUAAUUUUGUGGUUUAUAUAAAUAUUUUUAUGUAAUUCGGUAAAUUACAUUAUAAAUAAAAUGAUAAAAUUAAAUGAUACAGAGCAACAAAUCGUGAAUAACGUAUCAAA